AUGCGGGCAGUGCUAAUGUGGACGAUUAGUGACUUCCCUGCAUACGGAAUGUUAUCUGGGUGGACAACUCAUGGAAGAUUAUCAUGUCCAUAUUGUAUGGAGCGAACUGAUGCGUUUCAGUUGAAGAAUGGACGAAAACCAUGUUGGUUUGAUUGUCAUCGUCGGUUUCUCCCUUUGCAUCAUCCGUACCGAAAGAAUAAGAAGUGGUUUAGAAAGAAUAAAGUUGUGCGUGUUCCUCCACCGAGCUAUGUUUCUGGCAAUUAUUUGCUAGAACAAAUCGAUUAUUAUGGUGCUCAGGAGACAUGUAAAGUUGGAGAUGCUAAGAAGGCGUUGUUCGAGUGGAUUACAUCAGAAGUGAAGUUCCCAGAUGGAUAUGUUUCUAAAUUUUCUAGAUGUCGGUUACUGCCAUUUGUAUUUCUUGAGCUUCUGCCAACACAUGUUCAUGAAGCUAUUGCGGGUAUCAGAGCAUUUUUCAGGGACCUAUGCACCCGAACAUUGUCUUGGGACAGCAUUCAGCAGUUAGAUGAUAAUAUCCCGGUGUUGAUUUGCAACUUGGAGAAAAUAUUUCCACCUUCAUUUUUUGAUGUGAUGGAACAUCUCCCAAUCCAUCUACCACAUGAAGCAGCUCUUGGUGGGCCUGUGCAAUUUCGAUGGAUGUAUCCGUUUGAGCGGUUUAUGAAAUCUCUGAAAGGAAAGGCGAAAAAUCUUGCAAGAGUUGAGGGAUCGAUAGUCGCCGGAAGUCUAACAGAGGAAACUUCCCAUUUUACAUCUUAUUACUUUAGCCCUACCGUGAGAACAAAAAAAACUCGUCCUCGACGAUAUGACGAUGGAGGUGUUGCACCAACCUAUAACGUUCCUGAUGUCCCGGAUGUCUUCGCACAGAUAGGUAGACUUGCUGGAAGGUUGAAAGAAGUUUGGUGGGAAGAUCAUGCCUAUUGUCGAGCAGCUCACAAUUACAUCUUGCGUAAUUUGGAUUACAUCCAAUCUUUCGAGAGGAUAUUUGAUUCGCAGAUCCGUGAAGCCUUUCCCAAUUUAGAAGAAAAAGAUUAUGAAUCUUACAAGGUCCGCGAUUUUGCUGGAUGGUUGAAGUAUUACGUUCAAAAUGGAUGUGGAAAUGAACCCUUGCCUCUUUGGUUGCAUGAGAUUGUUCAAGAACCAAGAUCGAAGAUCACUACGGCUCCGAUGUACUUUACUCGCGGUUAUACGUUUCAUACGUAUAAUGAUGGAAUUCGAAGAGGUACAGCAAAUUACGGAAUCUCAGUAAAAGCUGGUGAUAGCGAAUUCUAUGGUAUUUUGCAACAAAUAUUGGAAGUUGAAUACCCCGGUCUUUUGAAUCUGAAAUGCAUACUUUUCAAGUGUGAUUGGUAUGAUCCAACUGUGGGUCGAGGCAUGCGAGCAAAUAACUUUGGGGUCGUCGAUGUUAACGCAAACCGAAGCUAUGGAAGAUUUGAUCCUUUCAUCCUAGCAUCACAAGAAGAGCAAGUGAGUUUUCUAUCCUAUCCUCGUUUGCGACAAAGACGUGAAAUGUGGUUAUCAGUGAUUAAAGUGAAUCCAAGAGGUCGUAUAAUCGGGUUAGUUGAUGAUGUGGUUCUACAACAAGAAAGAGCGGGUGAAGUCUCUAUACCAAACAUAUCAACAGAUGAUGUUGUUUACAUUGAUCGGAAAAAUAGGGAAGUUGAGGACGUUAACGAUGGUUCUGAAGAGGAGGAAGAGGUUGACGAAUUUGAUGAAUCCGAUGAUGGUGUAGAAUCUGAUGAGGAAAAUGAAAAGUCUAGCGGUAUACCUAGCUAUUCUCUAGCAAUAGUGCGAGGAAGUUACGAGAUGCUUUUAAAUAAUGGUCUUCCAUAA